UAACGUGAGUUCCAAAACAGAAAAACAACGGGGACACGAUGCUCCACCGCGCGAGGCGUCCGUGAAGGACUGAUACGAUCGUGACGUCACACAGGUAACCGGUCCGGGUUCGGACGGUUCGGACCCCUGCAUUGUUCGGUGGUGAACCCCUAUUUUAUAAUAACUCAAUGAUGUUAUUGACAGUCUGGGAUGAAUAAAGUUUCAUUCAAAUAAAACUUUAUUCAUCAGUUUUCCUGACAGAGGUCCGAACCUGCUUCUGGACCGGAACCGUGUCGAACUGGUCUAAGAGCACGUGGAGUCUGUCUGAUUCGGAACCGGGUUCUGGCUCUCCAGAGACGAUCUCUGGCAGUAGAAGACCCCUUUCUGACAGAUAUCCCACAAUCCUUUGCAGAGUGGAAAGAUCAAACAGCUGCCGAGCUUCCCGCGUCAGUCCUUCAGGGUAUUGAGGAGGAGCGGGUCAGCAGCAGGGGGCGCUGUUGGUUCGGUUCUGUUGGAUCUCCAGGUUUCUACUGUCAGAGGAUCUGCAAGUCCCAGAGAACCGAGAGUGGGGCUGAUGCUGAUCUUCUGGUUCUGUCGUCCAGGUUCUGCUGGAAGCGGGACCGGGUCCAGAUGCGGGGCGGCAGGCCUCUGGUGAAGGUGGUCCGUCUGGGCCUGCUGUCGUACCAGGAGGGUCUGCGGCUGCAGCAGGUCUUCGUGGACCGCCACCGGUCCGGCCCGGCCCACUCUCUGCUGCUGUGCGAGCACCAUCCGGUCUACACCACGGGGAUCCGGCACCAACCGUACCCCGCCUCCCAGCUGGACCGGCUCCGCCUCCUCGGGGCCGACGUUCACCGCGCCAACCGAGGAGGACUCAUCACCUUCCACGGGCCGGGUCAGCUGGUGUGCUACCCGGUCCUGGACCUGAGCGGCUUCAAAAAGAGCGUGCGCUGGUACGUGUCUCAGCUGGAGCAGACCGUCAUCUCGGCGUGCAGCAGCUUGGGCGUGGCGGCGACCACGUCCCCGCACACCGGAGUCUGGGUCGGAGACAACAAGAUCUGCGCCAUCGGGAUCCACUGUGGCCGGUACGUCACCUCCCACGGCCUGGCUCUGAACUGCGACCCGGACCUGUCCUGGUUCUCCCACAUCGUCCCGUGUGGCAUCGAGGGCAAAGGCGUGACGUCGCUCAGCAAGGAGCUGCGGCGGCAUGUGAGCGUGCACGAGGCCACGCCCCUCCUGCUGAACGCCUUCGCCCAGCAUUUCCACUGCGAGCUGAGUGAAGACGCCUGAAGACCUCAGAACGCGCUGGGUCUGUGGAACCACAAGAGGUUCUGCCAGAACCGACCGGAGCUUGGUGGUCUGUGUUCAGACCCGAUUUCAGAACCGACAGAGAUGAAACAGAACCUGCAGCUGGUUCCUGUCACCAUGGUAACCAGGCGUGCUGGCCAGCGUGGAGCCGCCGUGUUGGUCGAGGCCUUUGGGUUCUGUUCGCUGCAGGUCCACCCCAGCCUCAGAACCGAACCCAGAACCGUUUCUGACUAUUGUCCCACAUGAAAAUGUGAAAACACUGAAAGAGAGCGGAUCCAGUUCGUCUCUGCUUUGAGGAAUCCACUCAAACUUCCGUUUGUUUCAGAAUAAAAGAGUGAAGAGCAGCGACCUCUGCUGGCAGAAAGAGGAGCUGCUUUAGUCCGACAGAAGGAGAAAUGAUGGAAAGAUUCACUUCUGAUCCUGAUCACCUGUUCCAGCAGGUUCCUGGAGCUGCAUGGAGAUACAUUUGGGCCAAUAUUAUUUAAACCAAAAUAAAACAAAUAGAAAAAAA